GCUGAACCUUGCUUUCGAGUACUUCAAUCAUCGUAUGGAUCAGCAAGUAGCUUGAUGCAGUAAGGUAAGAUGUUUCAGUGUUUCGUAAUUUCUCGCUAUUGCCAUUAGUCAUAGUUCCUGCUAUGUGUCUGUUUAAAUUUUGGGGGUUAUGUUAUGCCAGUGUGUGUAAUGAAUUUUUGCAGUUCUUCUCGUUGAUUAUAUUGGGUCCGUAUUACGUACCAGUUAUGGAGUGAGGUUUUGAAUUUUUAGUCUGAUUGUCUUGAAUUGAAUCAGAUUGAAGUUUCUAGGGCUAGCUAGGCAUUGAAUAUUAUAUGGUCGCUCACAUAUGAUACGAGCAUUUCUGCAGGCUCGAGCAUUCAAUUGUUCUUUCAUAUUUCUGCAGGUUCUAACAUUUGUUUGCUCUUACAUCAAUGUGGAAUAUGUUUUAUGAAGGUCGUUCAGUGAAACUAUAUAUUUCUUUGCUCAUCUUUGCCUUGUAUUACAGUCAUUGAGAUGUAUGUUGUCAUGAAAGCUUGCACUUUUGGAAUAUUUUUUGGAAAUAUCUUCUAGUUGUGGAGGUCUAUAAAAAGUGCAAUUAGAUGUGAUCUUGGUUCUAUUUUUUUACACCUUCCUUAGCUAUGGAAGAAUUCAAUAUUUAGUGUUCUUUUUCUGUUGGAUCUACGAAUAUCUUCCUCAUUUGCCAUCUCAACUACCAAUAGCGUCAUUUGAUUUUGAAUGCAAACCAUACAACGGAGUGAUAUCCAUUUUGUUCUGUUGUUUUGGAGAAGACCUCUACCAGGUUGAUUGAAUGAAGAUACAUAUGUGGCUUUCGAUAUGCAACCUCUGGCAUAAAGUAGAAAGUUUUGACCUGAUUUGAACUUAUUGGGGGCAUUCAAGUGCAUUGGUGAUGUGGACAAACGUCUUCAAAAUUGGCGGUCUACAUCAGGUGUCAUGGUUCCAGUUUCUCCCGAAUGAAUCUGAUCCCAACCUAUCUGAUAGAAGUGUAAAGUUGAAUCAGAGAGAUGCUGCUGCACAACUGGUACUUUCAUCCCAUCUGCAGUUGCAGAAGGAUGGAUUCCUUAGCACAUGGGGUAAUUCUUUUGUUGGGCCUUGGGAUCCAUCUCAGGGCCUACAUAACCCUGACGAGAAAAUCAAGCUAUGGCUUUUUAUCCCUGGCCGCCAUUUAUCUGUCGCUGAUAAGGCUAAAGCUGCUGUAUCUAAACUAAGAGUUCUGGCAUCUGGGGUCUGGUUGGCACCUGGGGACUCUGAAGAGGUGGCAGCUGCACUUUCUCAAGCUUUAAGGAAUUGUAUUGAAAGAGCACUAAUAGGGCUUUCGUAUAUGAGAUUCGGGGAUGUAUUUUCGAGAUACCAUCCAUCUUCGCAAGGAGAUGAACUGUUCAGGAGAGGUCAGCCGGUGCUUGAAUUCAUCUUUACUGCGACGGAAGAGGCAGUAUUUGUUCAUGUCAUAAUAUCUGCAAAGCAUGUGCGGGCGCUUUCAAAUGGUGACAUGGAGACAAUCUUAAAGCGCACUUCUAGUCAUUCCAGUGACAGGCUUCCGGUUAUCGUCUCACCUCAUGGAAUGCGUGGCAGGCUAACUGGAUUUUGUCCAGGUGAUCUUGUGAAGCAAUUGUAUUUCAGUUCUGGGAAGUUCAAGGCUUCAAAUGGAAUUGUAGGUCUUCCAUACCAGAUUUCUCAAAGUUCUGGCUGUCAGCUGAGGGGCCAAAACUGCUAUCUUGAAGUAACCCUCGGCUGUGAGACUGCUGAAAGUGAGAAGCCACUGCCAUCAAAUUCAAACAGAAACUUCUCAAAGCAUCAUAUGUCGGAAUCUCCUGGUGUGACACGAGAAAGUGAGAAGGGAUUGGCAUAUCAUUCUUCAAUAUAUGAAAAAACAUUUAUAUAUCCAGCUGAGGCAGUCCUUGUCCCAGUUGUGCAAACAUCAUCUGCUAGAUCUUCUCUGAAAAGAUUCUGGCUUCAAAAUUGGAUGGGGCCAUCUUUAUCUGGUUCGUCAUUCUCUAUGCAAUGUGAUGCUUUCAGUGCCAUGGAUGGAUCUUGGCAUGAUAGUGGCAUCCGCUCCCAACAUGGUUACAAUAGUAGCGGGAAUAGUAAUAACAGUAGCAUUAGCACCAGUACAUCUAGUGAUAGUGAUUAUAGGAUGACUGGGGAAGCCGGCGAUCUCGAGGCUGAUGCUGAUUCUCUAUCAUGCAGACAGUCUGGUUUAACUUCUGCAGAUCAAAUGCAUAUUGAUGGCUCCAAAUUGGGUAGUAAGCGAUCUCGGACUGGAAUAACCGAGUCAUAUGGUCAGGCAGGUGCAGUCAUUAAUGCACCUAUGCAAGAUGCAUACGUAGAAAUCAACAAUGACCAGGUUGGGUCUCAGUGGGACUGGGACGAUGAUGACAGAGGUACGGUCAUGGAUAUCCAAGCACUUCUCUCAGAAUUUGGAGAUUUUGGUGACUUCUUUGUGAACGAUGCUUUGCCAUUUGGGGAGCCGCCAGGGACCGAAGAGUCGCAGACUCCCAUGUUUUCUGCAACAGAUGGUGGAGAUGCCAGUAGCAGCCCGUUUACUGGGAUGAUGGAUGCCUCUGAUCAGAUGCUUUUGCCACUUGGGUUUACAUCCUUUGAGAGCUUUAAUCAACCAUCAACUGUUGUCGAGGAGUCAAUGAGCAAAAAUCAGGAAGUCACGAAGGAUGCUGUGUCUUCUGGAUCAAUGAAUUAUAAUCCACCAGCUAGUACCAGCGAGUUUGAUUAUUUGAUAAAAGCUGAAGCCCUGAUGACAUUUGCUCCAGAAUAUGGAGCAGUGGAAACCCCAACAAAUGACUUGCUAUCUUCUGUUAUCAAAAGCCCAUAUAUUCCAAAAUCUCGAACGGUGGAGAGUGCAAAUUCAAGUACAAAUAACUACGUCUACUCCGCAAUACCUCCUUCUCCUCGCCAUGAUAUAUCUGACGAUAAGCCUGGCAUUGGUGCGAAUUCAAAAGGUGGCUCAGGAAGGCAAGACAAAUAUUCCUUGCUUCAAUCCAAGAAAUACUACACUCAUGUUGAAAGUGGAAAAGAUAAAAAAGACGACAAAUCUUCAGCGUGUGACAAUAUCAUCGCUUCACAUGAAGAUGCUGCACCAUCAAUGUUAUCCGGUUUCAAUUCCUCAAAUAAUGCUCCUAGAUCUUCUGCCCGGAAUAAGAUGACAGAAGGGGUCUUACUAGGAGGAACAGAGAAUUUUCUUAUAUCGUCAAAAACGGCAAUCGCGAAUGAACUUGAGUGCAUUAUGUUUCAAGCUUUUAUGUGCAGAAUAAGACAUACACUAUUAGUUCCCAGCAGCUUGAUGUCUGUUGGAUUGAGUAGGUUAUCUGGAAAUAAUGUCUUGUAUCAGAUGCAUGGCGAAUCAAACAUCUUGCAGGACAAUAUAUCAAGCAAGUAUGAUAUAAAGAAAGAAUCCGUACCUGUUAGAAUCGCGGGUGAUUUAGAUGGAGGGCUGCUAGAUGGACCUCUUAACUCACCUGUUGGUGUUUGGCGAACUGUUGGAGUCGCUAAAGGUUCAAAACCCAUGACACCAAAUAUGGAAUCUUUUGCUUCUUUACCUCAUAAUUCCUUUAAUGAGGAAGGCAUGCUCUCAUAUGGCCAGCGACAACCUCUUUUGGAGCUUCUUGAUGGAAUGCCGCUACUUUUCCAACAAGCUACCUCUUUUGUGGAUGUGACAUUAGAUGCAGAUUAUGGGGAUGGUCCUUAUGGUUGGCUGGCAAUGCAGGAGCAGUGGAGGCGUGGAUUUUCUUGUGGGCCUUCUUUAGUUCACGCAGGCUGUGGUGGGGUUUUGGCUUCUUGUCAUUCUCUUGAUAUUGCUGGUGUAGAGCUAGCAGAUCCACUUUCAGCUGAUGUCCAUGCAUCGUAUGCUAUUACUUUGCUUCAGUCUGACAUAAAAUCAGCCUUGAAAUUGGCCUUUGGUACCUUUGAUGGUCCUUUGUCUGUCACUGAUUGGUGCAAAGGUCGCAAUGGUCAAUCUGGUCUUGGUGAUGGAUUUUCGGCUGAAUCAUCUGCAAGCAUAAACGAUUGUAGAGAUUCUUCUAGUACUGCAAUGUCUGUUGAACCAAUAAGCCCAUCUCAGUCUGCUGGUGGAUCAACAUCUUGUCUUAGCAAAGAUGGAACUCGAGUGGAUGAAGCAAGUGAUAGGCGAUCAAACCAAGACAUAUGUAUAACCGAGUCCGAGCAGCAACUAGCACUCAGGCCUGCCCUCCUUGUAGUGCCUAUUCCUGCUAUUCUUGUUGGGUACCAGGAUGAUUGGCUAAAGACCUCAGCGAGCUCUCUUCAACACUGGGAGAAAGCUCCUUUUGAACCUUAUGCUAUGCAGAAGCAUAUGAAUUAUUGUGUCGUAUGUCCAGACAUUGAUCCCCUUACAACCGCUGCUGCAGACUUCUUCCAACAACUUGAGACGGUGUAUGAGACAUGCAAAUUGGGAACACAUUCGCCCCAGAAUUUGGGGAAUCCAACUGCCAAGGACUCUGGGAAAUGGUCUUCUUCUGGUUUUGUUUUACUUGAUUGUCCCCAAUCGAUGAAGAUCGAAAGCGAUAGUGCGUCUCUGGUGGGAUCAAUUAGUGAUUAUUUUCUUUCUCUGUCUAACGGUUGGGAUUUGACAAGCUUUUUGAAGUCCCUUUCUAAGGUUCUGAAAGCCCUAAAACUUGGUUCCUGCUUUGCUCCAAAUUCAAAAGAAGGAAGCAGCACUCCUUGUACAGUGAUAUAUGUGGUGUGCCCCUUUCCCGAGCCUGUUGCUGUUCUGAAGACCAUUGUUGAAUCAUGUGUAGCUGUUGGUUCAGCUAUCUUUCCUUCUGCAGAUAAAGAAAGAAGAUCCGCCAUGCAAAAUCAAGUUGGGAAGGCUUUAAGUUGCUCUACCGCGGUAGAUGAAGCAUCAAUAUCAAACGUUGUCACGAUUUCAGGGUUUAGUAUCCCUAAACUGGUGUUACAAGUUGUGACAGUUGAUGCUAUAUUUCGGGUGACAAGUCCAUCUCUUAAUGAGCCGGUCAUCCUCAAAGAGAUUGCGUUCACAGUCUACAACAAAGCACGAAGGAUCUCUCGAGGAUCAUCUACUGAAGUCAUCCCAUCAGUUUCGAUGCCGGGUAGAUCCCAAUCUCAUUCGACUAUGAUGCAAAUGAACUCUCCGAUUCCAGGGAUGUGGAAAGACUCCAUAGGCCCUCGAAUGGUGGGGCCUACUCUCCAGAGAGAGGGUGAACUCGAUGCUAGCUUGAGGUCUGGCACCUGGGAUAACUCAUGGCAAAUGUCUAGAACUGGGGGACUAGGAGGUGAUCCCAAUAGAAGUGGAGAUUAUCUUCUUCAAGAAGAGUUAAAAUAUAUGUUUGAGCCACUUUUCAUUCUUGCGGAGCCUGGUUCUUCAGAACGUGGAGUUUCACCUGAAUCUUUGAAGCUUUUAUCGGAUGAUGGUACAAGUUCUGAUGUUGGGCUGGGAUCUCAAAUUGAUGGUAUGGAUGAUGGGUUUGGGUCAGCUCAUCAGAAAACAUCCCCAAGUCUGCAUUGUUGCUAUGGAUGGACCGAAGAUUGGCGGUGGCUGGUUUGCAUAUGGACGGAUGCAAGGGGUGAACUGCUCGACAGUUAUACAUUUCCAUUUGGUGGAAUCAGCAGUAGACAGGACACGAAGGGUCUCCAAUUCCUUUUCGUCCAAAUUUUGCAGCAAGGUUGUCAGAUACUUCAGGCAUGUUCUCCAGAUACAACCACAGCCCGGCCAAGAGAUUUUGUUAUCACCCGCAUUGGAUGCUUCUUUGAGCUUGAGUGCCAGGAAUGGCAGAAAGCCCUUUAUUCUAUAGGGGGUUCGGAGGUCAAAAAGUGGUCCUUGCACCUUCGACGAUCAGUACCUGAUGGAAUGCCGGCAAGCAGCAACGGAGGUUCCUUGCAACAGCAAGAGAUGAGCAUAAUUCAAGACAGAAAUCUACCAUCUCACACCAAGGCUUCUACCUUUAUGAAAGGAGGCUUGGGACAACCAUCAUCUAGAAAGCAGCUGUUAAGCAGUGGCGGGCAUAUGGCAAUGGAUAACUCAAAGGGUUUGCUUCAGUGGGUGCAAAGCAUCACUUUUGUAUCAAUAUCUGUUGAUCAUUCACUACAGUUAGUUUAUCAGGCAGAUUCAUCUCCAGGGACAACUCAAAGCAGUGGCAUAAUGGGGCAGUCUUGCUACGUUGAAGGGUUCACGCCUGUGAAAUCUCUCGGUUCUGCAUCUGCUUCCUAUAUAUUUGUACCAUCACCUAGCAUGCGCUUUCUACCCCCAAACCCUCUCCAGCUCCCCACCUGCCUGACCUCAGAAUCACCACCAUUAGCACAUCUCCUCCACAGCAAGGGUUCCGCCAUUCCCAUUUCUACAGGUUUUGUGGUCUCAAAAGCCGUACCUUCUAUGCGGAAAGACUCUAGGAGCAACUGCAAAGAAGAAUGGCCUUCUAUUCUCUCUGUCGGACUUUUUGACUAUUAUGGUGGCAAUAAUAACAAUAGUGAAAAAACCUCGAAAAAAUCUGGGUUGGAAAACCAUUUGAUUCUUGAACGUGUGGCAGCCGAGCUCCACGCGUUGUCUUGGAUGACAGUCAGCCCAGCAUACCUAGAAAGACGAACCUCCCUUCCUUUUCACUGUGAUAUGGUACUCAGACUUCGAAGGCUGCUACAUUUUGCUGAUAAAGAAGUCUCUCAGCUCUCUGUUAAGUCAGAACUCUAGAUUCAGGUCAGAAAUUAAUAUAUAUUAUUACAUGUUAGUGAUUUUAUGUGCAGAAAUAGUUGUACAAUCUUACUGAAUGCAUAAUUGUAGUUUUGCUGAUUAGGAACAAUGUUCCAGAGUUCUUAAAAAGAAAUAGUGCAAAAUUUUCUAGAAAAAGAAUACAUAGAUCAUCAAGUGUUGUAGUGAUAGGACUUGAAUGUUUGUACAAAAACAACUUGGAUCUCAUAUGCGACAUUUAUGGAUUUUUUUGACUUCUGUAUUUGUAUUGUAUUAUUGGAAACAGGCUCUGUCUUUUCAGACGGAGAGGGAAGGUCUGUAUACAUCUUAUCUCUUGGCCCCAUCUUCUGGUAGGAUAUUAUGAGUUUGUUUGGUUUGGUUUUAUCCUACUGUUGGAAUUUUGGUCAAAGAGAAUACAAAAAAAGAAACUCAUGGACUGUUUGGUUGGUUUUCUAUUAAGUCUUGUAUGAAUAAAUUUGUCUGUGUGAAUUAAUCUGUUUAUAGGUUGGAAAGGUUUUUGUUUGGAAAGGUUUCUUCAUAGAUGGAAAGAGCGUGCUUUUUAAUUGAGAGUGAUAGAUUUGGGAAAAACUUGGCUCUGCAUAAAGCUUUCCCGAGAAGCUUAUUGGAGAAGAAGCCACUUUCUAUACAUCAUUAAGCCACUAUGAAAUAAACAAGAACAGGCUCUAGAUGACACCAUGACUGGUAAAAUUUGGGGGAAAUGAUGAUAACAUGGGAUGGGUGGGUGCAAGAACCCCACUCUCUUCCACCCAUGUGAGAGGCAAAGAUCCAAGCAACCACCCCUUUUUAUGGUGAAAAAGCCAUGAUUAUGUGUAGACACACAUUUUGGGUUUGGCCUUCUUCCUGUCCACCAUUCCCAUGUGCACUGCACAUGAUGCCAAAUGUCAUUUGUCUUUUACCUCCUUCCUUGUUCAUACCUCCAGAAUGCUCCUUUACAAAUCAUUAUCAGCCAUUAUCAAUUUAUUUCCUGUCUGCAGAUAAAGAAGUAAAGGUUUGUUGAACCAUAUGAAUGGAGGGUUUUGCAUUCAUUUUGUAGAUU